AAGAUAGACGGGACCAUCAUCAAACUUCGUGUGGUAGCAGCUUCAUUUCGGCCGCGACACUGAUCUCAUCGCAAUCAACGAUGGAAGAAAUCAGGCUACUGUCGACACAAGAGAUCUCCAAGCACGACUCAGCACAAGACUGCUGGCUGGUCAUCGAUGAGGCAGUAUGGGAUUGUACGGCCUUCGCCAACAGUCAUCCUGGAGGUUCAUCGUUAAUCCUCAACUACGCCGGCCGCGAUGCCACGAAAGCAUAUUCCGAAGUUCACUCGCCAUCAAUCGUGCGAGAAAGCCUAUCGCCGGAGUACUUUAAAGGCAAUCUCGACCGAUCAACAAUCGAUAAAGCGUGGACGAAAGAACCUUUGCCAUCAAAUCCAGCCCAAGCAGUGCCGGAACAUGAGAAACCGCCUCUUCAUACCAUUAUCAAUUUAAAUGACUUCGAAGAAGCCUCCGCUAGAAGUACUUCCGCUAAGACUCAUGCGUUCUAUUCUACCGCUGCCACGGACUGCUGGACACGGGACAUGAACAGUUCUAUGCUCAAGCGGAUAUGGUUUCGACCGCGAGUCCUGAAGAAUGUCGCCGAAGUUGAUACUUCCAGCUCGAUGCUGAGUAUACCGCUUCGAGUGCCUGUGUUCAUAUGCCCGUCCGGAUUGGCGAAGAUGAUCAAUCCCGAGGGCGAAAAGGCCCUCGCGAGAGCGGCGAAGUCAUCGGGCAUCGUAGAGAUUAUUUCAACAAAUGCAAGCUACCCAGCGGCCGAAAUCAUCGAGCAAGCUCCCGACCAUCCAUUCAUGUUCCAGCUGUACGUCAACAAGGACAGGAAGAAAUCGGAGGAACUAGUCAAGCACGUAGAACAGCUCGGCGUCAAAGCGAUAUUCGUCACUGUCGAUGCCGCUGGACGAGGCAAACGGGAGUCUGACGAGCGGCUCAGAGUGGACGAAGUGGCUAUCAACCCACUCACUGGAGAGAAGUCUAAAACAGGGAAGAAGGGCGGUGGCUUGACGAAGAUUGUUGGGCAGUUCAUCGAUCAAGGUCUCACUUGGGAGGACUUGAAGUGGCUGAGGAGUCUGACGAAAUUGCCAAUUCUGCUGAAGGGAAUCAUGACCGCUGAAGAUGCAAAGUUGGCCAUGAAGCACAAAGUCGAUGGCAUACUGGUUUCUAACCACGGUGGCCGCAAUCUUGACUUUAGCCCACCUUCCAUCCUGGUCCUCCUCGAAUUGCACAAACAGUGCCCGGAGAUCUUCGAUCAGAUGGAGGUCUACGUCGACGGCGGCUUCCGGCGCGGCGGAGACAUCCUCAAAGCACUGUGUCUCGGUGCCAAGGCAGUUGGAAUGGGAAGGCCGUUCCUCUUCGCACUGAACUAUGGUACGGAAGGCGCAGAACAUUUGGUGGAGAUCCUCAAGGAUGAGAUGGAAUCUGCGAUGAAGCUGUUAGGGAUCAAGGACUUGUCAGAGGUCCAUCCUGGUUUGGUGAAUACUUCUGACGUCGACCACCUCGUGCCAUCGACGUCGGAGCACCCAUACGCAAAAUGGCGGCCGAAAGCCAAGAUCUGA